AUGUCGCAAAGUCCUCAUUUUGAUGGCGGAUGGGUCCAUCGCGUGAUGAGAUUCCACCCAAGCGCUCUUCACAUGUUUCCCAUCACUCUUCCUUACAACAAGCCCAUGCCAUCUCAAUCUGGAUGGAUUCUCACAUCAAAUAUCAACUACACGGUGAAUAUUCCUACGGUAAAGAUAGGGGGUUUAUCAGGAGUGACAUUUCGAGGUGCUAUGGCGAAUGCAACUCACAUCCAGAUGACUGGAAACUUCAGACGUCUUGUCAUCUUGUUAAUGCUUCGUUAUCAGGUUAAAGGUCUAGGGACGGUGACGACGAACAGCACGUUGCCUCACCAGGAAGAAUUGCUUUUAAAGGAAGUUUUCACAAAUUCUGCGGUCAAGGCUCUAAUCUAUGUUGAUCCAGCAACUUCCAACCUGACUAUCAAUGAGUUUGAGUUCAUCGUUGGCACCAAGAACAACAACUCCUACAACAACAACGACGACUACAACAACAACGACGACUACAACAACGACGACAUCUACACCAACAACAACAAGACCAACAACAACAACGCCACCACCAACAACAACAAGACCAACAACAACGCCACCACCAACAACAACAAUACCAACAACAACGCCACCACUAACUACAACACCACCAACAACAACGCCACCACCAACAACAACAAGACCAACAACAACGCCACCACUAACUACAACACCACCAACAACAACGCCACCACCAACAACAACAAGACCAACAACAACGCCACCACCAACAACAACAAUACCAACAACAACGCCACCACUAACUACAACACCACCAACAACAACGCCACCACCAACAACAAGACCAACAACAACGCCACCACCAACAACAACAACACCAACAACAACGCCACCACCAACUACAACAACAAUAUCGUCAUCCACAACAAGACUUUCGGGACGUUCUGGAAACCGCGAAGCACUGAACCAGAGCUCUAA